UUAGUCAGCAGGGAUGGGAAAUAUGUGUGAUUCUUUGUCUUCUGUAUUUUUGACAAAAGAAUUCCCACUUGAAUUGCGGUGCUCUAUUCAGUCUCCCUCUGAGCCUGUGGUUAACAGCAGUCAGUCUUUGCAGUGUUCUGACGUCACCCAGUGUAUGCAUAAGCUAUGCUAUUGUCUUACUGAGAGCAGGGACUGUGGAUUGCAGUAUCUGGUGUCUGCUACCUAUUUCUGCCUCACUGCAUCAGCAGAAGAGACCUGGCCUUCCCUUGGCUACUGGAUUUUAAAAGAAUCCCUCCUGAUAAGCUAUAUGCACAACAUUAUCUUUUCCUUGUUUCUACAAAGAAGACCUGUUUUGCUUUGAGGGCUGCAGGAAAAGGCAUUUUGCAGACUGAAGCUUGGGAAGAGGAGAGCAAAAUCUGACGGCUGGAUAGCUCUGGGACCGCGUUUGUCUGGCUUCAUGAUCCCUGCUGUGUAGCAGUCUCAUCCCUCCUUCUCUCACACACAUAUCCCCCCUCUCUCUCUUCCUUUUCCUUUCCAACCCCCCCCCCCCCCUUUUUGAGAUACAAGCGUCUGGAGCCAGCCAUGUUUGGCACUGAGUCGUCAUAUGGUAAGAAAUGCUCAGAGGUGUUUUGCCAGUCUCUUCCUCUGACAUACAGCCUACAGUACCCGGUGUUCCUCAACAGUCUCCAUUCCAAGUACUAACCAGAGUUGACCCUGCUUCGCUUCCAAGAUCAGUGAGCAUGUUUUUGAACACAUUGACGCCCAAGUUCUACGUUGCAUUAACAGGCACUUCCUCAUUAAUUUCAGGACUUAUUUUGAUAUUUGAAUGGUGGUAUUUUCGCAAAUAUGGGACGUCAUUCAUUGAGCAAGUCUCUGUGAGUCACUUGCGCCCUCUGCUGGGUGGGGUGGACAAUAAUUCUCCCACUAACUCAAAUACAAGCAAUGGAGAUUCAGAUUCCAAUCGGCAGAGUGUUUCAGAAUGCAAAGUCUGGCGAAAUCCACUAAACCUGUUUAGAGGAGCUGAAUAUAACCGGUAUACAUGGGUGACAGGAAGAGAACCUUUGACAUACUAUGAUAUGAAUCUUUCAGCACAAGAUCAUCAAACUUUCUUUACAUGUGAUACAGACCAUUUAAGGCCUGCAGAUGCCAUAAUGCAAAAGGCAUGGAGAGAGAGAAACCCCCAAGCCAGAAUCUCUGCAGCACACGAAGCCUUAGAGUUAAAUGAGUGUGCAACUGCUUAUAUACUCUUGGCAGAAGAGGAAGCAACAACUAUUGUGGAAGCAGAAAAACUGUUUAAACAAGCCCUGAAAGCUGGUGAAGGCUGUUACAGACGUAGCCAGCAGUUACAGCAUCAUGGCGCCCAGUAUGAAGCUCAACACAGACGGGACACUAAUGUAUUAGUCUACAUUAAAAGGAGACUGGCUAUGUGUGCAAGAAAGCUUGGGAGGACCAGGGAAGCUGUGAAAAUGAUGAGAGAUUUAAUGAAAGAAUUUCCUCUUCUUAGCAUGUUCAACAUCCAUGAAAAUUUGCUAGAAGCUCUGCUGGAGUUACAAGCGUAUGCAGAUGUUCAGGCAGUUUUAGCAAAAUAUGAUGAUAUAAGUCUACCAAAAUCAGCAACAAUAUGCUACACAGCUGCUCUUCUCAAAGCAAGAGCCGUCUCUGACAAAUUUUCUCCAGAGGCAGCUUCAAGACGAGGGCUGAGCACAGCAGAGAUGAAUGCAGUGGAAGCUAUUCACAGAGCAGUAGAAUUCAAUCCACAUGUGCCAAAAUACCUUCUAGAAAUGAAAAGCUUAAUAUUGCCUCCUGAACAUAUUUUGAAGAGAGGCGACAGCGAAGCAAUAGCUUAUGCUUUCUUCCACCUCCAGCACUGGAAACGGGUCGAGGGAGCGCUGAAUCUCUUACAUUGUACGUGGGAAGGCACUUUCAGAAUGAUCCCUUACCCAUUGGAAAAGGGGCAUCUUUUCUACCCUUACCCCAUCUGUACAGAAACAGCAGACAGAGAAUUGCUUCCAUCAUUCCAUGAAGUCUCAGUUUACCCCAAGAAGGAGCUUCCAUUCUUUAUUCUCUUCACUGCUGGGUUAUGUUCCUUCACAGCAAUGCUGGCCCUUCUGACACACCAGUUCCCAGAGCUAAUGGGAGUCUUCGCAAAAGCGUUCCUGAGCACCCUUUUUGCCCCGUUGAACUUUGUGAUGGAAAAAGUGGAAAGCAUCCUUCCCUCCAGUCUCUGGCAUCAGUUGACAAGAAUCUGAAGGAAAUUUCUUCCGAAUGACUGCCAUGACAUUUUCUGUGCCAACUGACUGUUGACUAUCAGAAAGCAUGUUUUUUAAAAAAGGGAAGCCGUUCUAAGCUCUUCAUGGGUUGUCUGUUAUCAUAUUUUUUUGUUGUACAAAAUACAUUGAUGUUUGGUUCUAUUCUAUUUUGCUUUCAAAAAACAGGACAAAAAAAUCUUUAAAAAAUAAACCUUUUGUGUAUUGCA